AUGAAUAAAAUUUUCCACCCCAACAUUGACGAAGCGUCAGGAACUGUAUGUCUAGAUGUAAUCAAUCAAACUUGGACAGCUCUCUACGAUCUCACCAAUAUAUUUGAAUCGUUCCUGCCCCAGCUGCUGGCCUAUCCUAACCCUAUAGAUCCUCUAAAUGGUGACGCUGCAGCCAUGUACCUCCACCGACCAGAAGAGUACAAACAGAAAAUUAAAGAAUACAUUCAGAAAUAUGCAACAGAAGAAGCACUAAAAGAACAGGAAGAAGGCACCGGGGACAGCUCGUCUGAGAGCUCCAUGUCCGACUUCUCGGAAGAUGAGGCUCAGGAUAUGGAGUUGUAGUAGAAGAGGCAACCUGCUUUUCAGAGAGACUCUAAUUUCCUAACCAUGAGAAGCAGACUAUAAUAUUCAUAUUUAAACAAAGCAAUUUUUUUUAUUACUAAACAAGGUUUUUAUGAAUAAUAGCAUUGAUAUAUAUAUAUAUAUCACCCUUUAGAUCUUGAUUUUCUUGGUCAUUUCUCGAACCCGAGGUGCAUAGCAUAUUCCCACAUUCCAUUUUGGUAGCAAUAUGCAGCCCGAAUGCAUGCAUUCAGAUUCCGUUUGGCCAAGUGAACUUGUGUGCUACUGAACUCUGUCAGCUAAACCAGCUGCCCUGGUAGGUAGGGAGUUAGCAGAAAAGAAAAAAGAAAAAAAAAAAAACAGA